UCUGACCUGAACACAUCAACAGCAGUGUAAUUCCAACACCAAAUAAUUUUAAUUCCAAAAGCCACUCAUCUUUUAUUUUGGUAGGUGCAGCAGGAAAUGAUGUCAGUAACUAAAGAAUACAUGUGUGCUAUCUUUUCGCUUGAGUUAAAUUUUAGAUAUGUACAUGUAUAAAUAAAACCCUGUCAUUUAUCUUUUUAUUCAUAAAAUACAGUAGAAAUUGGCAUAUUUCACACAGUUACAAAUGGUGAUUAAUCGUGAUUAAUUUGGUUACAAAUUGUAAUCAUUUGACAGCCCUAUUGCUUAUACUUUGUCAGCAUUGACUGACAGGGGGUGUGGCCAGUCAGGUCUCAACAACUUAAACUGCUUCAGGUAAAUUCAUGCAAAUGAGCCUCUGAUUGGGCCCCUCCCCUCAGUGCUCUUCUGACAGGUGGCAGCAGUAAACUCCACCUACCUGAUCCAAAUCUCAGUGGUGACAUCCGCCCCACACACACAUGCACAGACACCCAUGCAGACAUGUUGGCCCUCAUGGCUGCGGGCGGCGUCGUCUUCCCGGGACUUUUUGUGCUUUCAAGACUGGGUCUGAGGUUUCUGAUGGGAUGGAGCGAGGCCGACGCCACCAUCGUGUCAGUGCGUGGCGUGUCGUCCGUGCAGGCCGCUAUGGCGUCGGCAGCGGGAUGCAUCAUCGCCUCGUCUUGCCAGGACGUCAUGGAGGACAAGCACUGGCUGACGGAGGCCUAUGUCAGCUUUGCGGCGCCGUACUUCGUGUACGACAUGUAUGCCAUGUUCCUGUGCCACUGCCACCAGCGGCGCCAGCAGGGGGACACGCACGUGGCGGCCUUCGUACGCAGAGAGAUGCUGAUGGUGCUGCAUCACGCCUUCAUGGUGCUCUUCUGCCUGCCCGCCUCCCUGGUGUGGAGGCGGGGCAAAGGAGAUUACUUCCAGGGUGUUUUGUUGCUGGCCGAGCUCAGCACGCCGUUUGUGAGUCUGGCCAAAGUUCUGAUGCAGCUGGAGAAGGAGCACACGCUGCUGUACAAAGUCAACGGCGUGCUGACGCUGCUUGUCUUCUUCGCCUGCCGGGUGGCGCUCUUUCCCUAUUUGUACCUGGCCUACAGCAGGUACGCGUCCAUGUCCGUGCACCAGGCGGUGCUGGAGGCCCCGUGGCAGUGCAACGUGGGCGCCGCCCUGCUGUGGCCCCUGCAAGUCUACUGGAUGGCGCUCAUGUGCAGGCGCGCAUUCCGCCUCCUCACGGGACGCUCACACACCAAGGUCAAGAAGACACCGUGAAGGUCAACCUUUACUCCGCCACUCAGCUUUUAUUUUGGUAGGUGCAACAGGAAAUGAUGUCACUGACUAAAGAAAUGAUCAUGAGAGAAGGCACCAAAGGUCAGAGGUCAGUCUGCCGUCUUCUUCUUCUGUGGUUUUCUCCUCCACACUUCCUGACCACUGAUGAAGGUGGCCUUCACGCCCAAAGACUCGUCCAGCAACACCACGUCUGCACCGACAACAUCCAUCAGUUCUUCACCCAAUCACCUCUAUUGAUCCAUCAGUCAUGUCUAUUCAUCAGUCAUGUCUAUUCAUCAGUCAAUCACCUCUAUUGAUCCUUCAGUGAUGUCUAUUCAUCAGUCAAUCACCUCUAUUGAUCCAUCAGUCAUGUCUAUUCAUUAACCAAUUGCCUCUAUUGAUCCAUCAGUCAUGUCUAUUCAUCAGUCAAUCGCAUGUAUUGAUCAGUGACUGGGAAACCAAUCAUACCUGCAUGGGAGCCAAAGUCCAGGGUUCCUUUCUGGUGGCUGAUUCCUAACAGCUGAGCAGGAUGAAGUGAUGCUGCUUCUAAAGCUUCCUCCACACUGCAGCCUACACACAAACACACACACAUGGACAUACACAUGAACACUUCCCCUUGCUUCCUUGUUUCCUUGCCUGUCAGCUGACCUGAGACGUGUUUGAAGUGGCGCACACACAUGUCCAUGGUGGCUAUGCUGCCGCUCAGCGUCUGUGUGCCUUCCAGACGAGGAGGGGAAGAAGAAGAACAUCUUUCAUCACGUACAACAAGAAGGGAGGGGUUGGGGGCAGGGUCACUGGAGGCGGGGCAAGCAGACCUUCCACGUAGGCGUGCAGACCCUGGAUCUGGAUGACCUGCUGGCCCAGCGUGUGGCGACCCGGAGGAAGGCCCAUGGCGGCGAUGGCGUCCGUCACCAACACCAAACCUGCAAACACACCGUCAGUGACCCCGAACAUGCGGAACCUUUCACCUUGUGACCCCACCUGCCGGGUGUGCGCGGUGGGCGAUGCGCAGCGCGGCGGGAUGGGUGUGGAUCCCGUCAGCAAUCAUCCCGUAAAACACACUCCUUCCUUCUGGAAUUCGGUCGCUGGUCAGCAGGCCCACAAUGCCCGGGUCUCGAUGGUGGAACUGAACCACAUGACAGGAAGUUAGCAUCGGCCAGUGACGUGUCGGGGCGGGGGCGGGACCUACGGGCAGCAUGGCGUUGAAGAGGUGGGUGAUGAAUGAGGCGCCGUGCUGAACCGCCUCCUCCGCUUGGGACAAGUUGGCCACGGAAUGUCCUGCAGGAACGCCAGCAUGAGUGUGUGCACGUAGUGUGAGGAUGGCGUGAGUGUGAACGCACCUAGCGACACGGUCACACCCCUACGGCAGAGCUCCUUGACCGCCAUUUGGCUGCCCUCCAGCUCGGGAGCCAGCGUCACCAUAGCGACGUUGUCCAGACUUCCGUAGACUUGGGUCAGGUCUGCCGGGCCUCCGGAGCGGAACGUUCGCAGGAAGCGCUCGGGAUGGGCGCCCUUCUUCUCCAGGCUGAUGAAGGGACCCUCCAGGUGGACCCCUCACCCACACAGUAAACAUUACUACUGAAGGACGUGUCCUGCCGCCGCCAACGUGUCACCUCACCUAGAACGCCUGCACCGUGCCCACCGCCAUCAUCAACUUUGACCUGAGGCAGAACCUGAAAGAGGUUUUUCACAAAUGUGAGCCUGCUGGGCCUUAACAAGGAGGGGGGCACCGACCUUGUGGUAGACGUCCAUGGGGGACGUGACCAGCGUGGGGCAGAAGGACGUGACGCCAUGCUCCAGAAUCUUCUGGGCCACCAAGGACACACCGGCAGAGACAUCCUCAGAGGCCUGAGAGAAGUCGACGCCAUAACCUCCUGGAGGGAAAACACGCACUUGUCACACACACACACACACACACACACGAGAGCACCAGCUGCUCGCGGCCUGCACCGUUGAUCUGGACAUCGAUGAAGCCCGGAGCCACGAUGCUGCCCUCACAGUCUACUUGCUCAUCAGCGUACGCCUUCUCAUCAAAAAACAGCUUCUCAGGAUCCAGAAUCUUCCCUUCACGCACCCACAGGUCCUCCCUGCACGCGCGCGCACACACACACACACGCACAUAAGCCGUGCGCAUCAGCUGCAGACGUGCACACGCUGGCAUCACCUCUGCAGUCGGUGGUCUCUGAGGAUCCGGCAGUUGACCAGCUGAGUGAUGGGGGCGUCCGACACGGACUUGUUGGACGGCAUCUUGCACUGAAAAACACAUCCGAGAAGAUCAUCUUCUCUUUUUGGAGUCUGUGUAACCUUUUUGCUAAGUUUGUUACGUUAUCUUAUCACGGAAAGACUUUGACCUCUGAUCUUCAUGCAUCGUCAUGUCAUCUUGAAGGAAAUCAGCAUGAAAUCACAUUUUCAACACACAUACAGUGGCUUGAAAAAGUAUUCAUACCCCUUGAACUUUCCCACAUUUUGUCACGUUCCAACCAUAAACAUAAAUAUAUUUUAUUGGCAUUUUAGAUGAAAGAUCAACACAAAGCGACACACAAUUGUGAAGUAGAAGGAAAAUUGUACAUGACUUUAAAAUUUUUUUAAAAAUAAAAAACUGAAAAAUGUGGCGUGCAAAAGUAUUCAGCCCCCUUUUCUCUGAGUGUAACCAGUUGCCUUCAGAGGUUGCCUGAUGAUUGCUGAAUGAGCAGCUGUUGACCUAAUGAUCAAAUGGAGUCCACCUGUGUGUAAUCUAACCUUAGUAUAAAUACAGGUGUUCUGUGACGGCCUCAGAGGUUUGCUAAGAGGACACUGGUCAGUGAACAGCAUCAGGAAGUCCAAGGAACACACUAAACAGGUCAGGGAUAAAGUUGUGGAGAAGUUUAAAGCAGGGUUAGGUUAUAAAAAGAUUUCCCAAGCU